GUGAGAGCGAGAGAGAGAGAGAGAGAGAGAGAGCUGCUGCAGUGACACAGAUCUGCGGAUAUAAACAAAUGCACGCAUUUUAUUCCGGAGUCUCUUCCAGCCAUACUGAAGACCUUUUCAAACUUAUGUGUAACACUUCAUGAUCCAUGUCGGUGAGAACAAGCCGCUUUUAGGAGCUGACGUUUGUAUUUUCAACUAUUUCUGCAUGUGUGAGAGAGAAAUCAGGAGGCAAUGACAGAGCUGAGGAAGCGCGGAGGGGCAGCAGGAGGCGGAGAGCCUGACAGCACUGACAAUAUCAGCGAUAAGGAAGCAGAUGGAGAGGACAGGCUGGGCCUGGCCAGUGAAGGGGAAGGGGACGUAGAGGGCGAGUGUAAAGCAGACACUCCUGACGUGCCGCCGUCCACCGACAACACUCCAGAAUGUCUCAACAAAGCCCUGGAGGGCCUGUCAUCCAGAUGGAAGAACUGGUGGGUACGAGGAAUUUUAUCGCUUAUGAUGAUCGUAGGCUUCUUCCUUAUCAUCUAUUUGGGACCUAUUAUGCUUAUAUUUGUGGUUAUGAGUGUCCAAAUCAAGUGUUUUCAUGAAAUCAUAACCAUCGGCUAUAGAGUUUACCAUUCCUACGAACUUCCGUGGUUUAGAACACUGAGCUGGUACUUCUUGGUUUGUGUGAACUACUUCUUUUACGGGGAGACGGUAGCAGAUUACUUCGGUGCAUUAGUCCAGAGGGAGGAGCCUUUGCUGUUCCUUGUUCGUUAUCAUCGCUUUAUUUCUUUCACUUUGUACUUGGCAGGUUUCUGCAUGUUUGUUCUGAGCUUAGUGAAGAAGCAUUAUCGCCUGCAGUUUUAUAUGUUUGCUUGGACCCAUGUGACUCUGUUGAUUGUGGUAACUCAAUCUCACCUGGUCAUUCAGAACCUUUUUGAAGGAAUGAUCUGGUUUAUCGUACCAAUAUCUAUCGUCAUCUGUAAUGACAUCAUGGCUUACCUCUUCGGCUUCUUCUUUGGAAGAACACCUCUGAUUAAGCUCUCUCCAAAGAAGACCUGGGAAGGCUUUAUUGGAGGCUUCUUCGCCACGGUGGUCUUCGGGUUCAUCUUUGCCUACCUGUUGGCCCAGUACCAGUACUUUGUGUGUCCGGUAGAGUACAACAGUGAGACUAAUCGCUUUGCUGUGGAGUGUGAACCCUCAGACCUGUUUGUGAUGCAGGAGUACACCCUGCCUGCAGUGGUACAGAAUGUCCUGCGAUGGAAAACGGUGAACCUAUACCCGUUUCAGAUUCACAGCAUCUCUCUGUCCUCAUUCGGGUCGCUGAUCGGACCAUUCGGUGGCUUUUUUGCCAGCGGAUUCAAAAGAGCUUUUAAAAUCAAAGAUUUUGCAGACACCAUCCCUGGACAUGGUGGUAUCAUGGACCGCUUUGACUGUCAGUAUCUGAUGGCUACGUUUGUCCAUGUUUACAUAGCGAGCUUUAUCAGGGGUCCGAAUCCCAGUAAGGUUUUACAGCAGCUGCUGGUCCUUCAGCCCGAACAACAGCUCAGCAUUUUCAACACACUGCGUAAUCACCUGAGAGAGAAGGGCAUGCUGCUUCCUGCUGCGUCAGAGGAAUGAAGAAACACUCAUGUAUUCACUACUUCAGUUAGAACUGUAAGGUUUAGCUAUAUUAUCAGUUUGCACAACUGUGGAUGCACAGCCAUCAUUCUAGAGACUCGGGAGAAACAGUGCGCAGUGGACUUUACCUCACACUUCCACUGCACAUACAGCUCGACGAAAAAAAAAAAGUGACCACAAGGGGGCGGUGUGCUUCUUCUUCUUUUUUUCCCCCCUUCUGCUUCUUCUUCUUCUUCUUCUGCCUCUUCAUCUCCUUCUUCACUGAACUGCAUGUGAUACAUGUCUUCCGACAAACCCGAAGGGAAGAUGGAAGCACACAGUACGUGAAGUCAGAGAGCCGGAUUUUUGGCUCUCUUAAGCCGAGUUUGGGCGUUGCACUGAUUUUAAAAUUGAUUCUAGUGUAAUUUAUGACGUGUGAUCGAUUGAUACUACAGUUUGCUUCUGCACUAAUUCCAAGUUGUCACCAUGGGGUGCGAGAGGGUUGUGCUACAGUACGCAGGCUUAGCAUGAUGAUCAUUGUAUCGGCUGCACAAAUAAUCAACAACCUAAAAACAGCAUGAGUUCGUCCAGUUACUUCUAAACGUAGCACUUUUUCGGUUUUAUCUGUAAUAUUCCAAAGCUGUAGAACUUACCCUUAAAAAAACUACACACUCGUAGUUAUGUAUUAAUGUAAAUAGAUCCAGAUCCUACUAAAAAAAUAUAUAUAUAUAUAUAUCUAACAAUUACUCAAAAUCCUAUAUAUGUUAUAGGAAUGAAAAUAUAUGCAAACUUCCAGAUUGAACUUUUCUAGCAUGAUUAAUCAACCUUCUGUGUGAAGGACAGUGCGACGGACGAAUAAGUUAUUUUAUGUUUUUACUGAAAGACGAGAACUGAACACUCAGUUCUUUAACCUCUCGUUUAAGUUAAUUGUAUUUAUAUCAUUGCUAUAUAAAUACUGCGAUCCAAACAGGAAUAAGAAUCAGGUUUUUAUCACCGUCUUACGGUAGAAUCUGUGUGUGAAGUAGAUCAAUUGUGUGUAUUUACUGUAAACUCAUCCGGUAGCCAUUUUGCGUGUUAUAUUAACCGAUCCAAAUACAAAAAAACAAAACAAAAUAAUGAUGUUAAAGCAGAAGUGCUUCCUGUUUACCAAAGCAGCGUCUCUGUACUAGUGUCUCAUGCAGAUCGAACACAAGAUUUUCACUUGAAACAGAUUCAUACUGCACAUAUAUAUAGAAAGCUAGUGAAAAUAUUAGAGUUCAUACUUAAAAAAAAAAUAAGCCAUUUGAUUUUCAUUAGCAUUUAGCACUUUUCUAGUUUUCCUAGAGCAAUAUUUUCUGCUCUGUGUGCUUGUUGAACUUGAGCUCUAACUGGAGACAAUAGAACGUUGAGACAUUUGGGACCAGACCUUUCUACUAGACACCUUAACGGAUUCAGUGUGUCAGUCUUCCCUUUUUUCCCCCCUCUUUUCAUUCCUGUCGGUUUACAUUUCCUCUUUACAAUCCGCAUAUGCAAUUAGCAUUUUUUCAGUUUUGCAUGUCUAAAAGACGUAACCAGGUCAGACCAAAAAAGAUAGAUGAUGCACCUGAAGGUCAGGUGUCUAUAGCUUCGAAAGCAAGUGAUGCUACCGGAUCUCUGGAGUUACUGCACGGUUUACACUGUUGUUCAACAUGUAAUACUGUUUCAGCGUACACUGUUUAACAACAAUCAGGCUCGCUCAUUAUUGUCAUGUUAUGCUAAUUUAAUGUUAAUGCUUUAUACCAAAAAAAAAAAGUCCGGGUUCAUGUUGUACUUUUGUUUUAAUAAUUAUUUAUGGGUUUGAUUUACAGUUUAUUUUUUAACAUCAAUCUGAAGGUUUUAAAUAGGGAAUGUUUAACAAUCGUCAUGGGUAUGUGAGCUAAGGAAAUGUUUUGGAGCAAUUUCUAAAAUUAUUAUCAU